AUGACGGAGGAACAAAUCGCAAACCUGAAGAAAGGAGAAACAUUAGAAAUUCCACAAGCUGAUGGGACGGUGAUGAUCAUCGAAGGGAAUCCAUGCACGAAGUGUAACAAAAACAUAGUCGGAGAAAUAGUAGAUGUCGACGAAGGUGUCUUCCACCCGGCUUGCUUUGUGUGUUCGAAUUGUGGAUGCAGUUUGUUGGAUGAAGAGUACUUAGAAGAUGAAGGAGAGUUGUAUUGCGACGACUGUUACAAAGAGUGUUGUGGGCCACGUUGUUAUUAUUGUAAGCAACCCAUUGAAGACCAGGCCAUCCAAUUCAACAAUAGAAAGUACCACACAAACCACUUCGGUUGCUUUGUUUGUAAAACCAAUUUGAAAGGAAAGCAAUACAAAGAUGUCGACGGAGAACCGUAUUGUGUCGAUUGUGCCAAAAAGAAGGAGGAGAAGGAGAAACAAAAGGAUUUGUGUUUCAAGUGCAAAGAACCAAUCAUCGGCGAUUUCAUUUUGGUCAAUGGGAUGAAGUGCCAUCCGUUCCAUUACCAGUGUGCAAUUUGUCAUGCUGAAUUCACAGGAGGAAGCUCUAUUGAGUUCUCUGGAAAGAGGUAUUGCAUUAACUGCUAUAAGUUGGUCUCUGCGAUGGUGUGUGAGAAGUGUAAGAAACCAAUCGAAGGGAGAUCUAUACAAGCAUGUGGGUAUAUGUAUCACCCCGACUGUUUAACAUGUACUGAGUGUGAUGCCCCACUGACCAAAUCAUCAUUCUUCGAACAUGAAGGCAAGCCGUAUUGCGAAUUCCAUUUCUAUCGAAUGUUUGGCGAUGUGUGUGCGAAGUGUGGAGAGCCUGUGAAAAACAACGAAGGUGUACACGUCGGAGAUAAGUGCUUCCAUCACAAGUGCUUUGUUUGCUCACAGUGCUCAAAGCCAAUGGACCCGAAGAAAACCAAGAUCUACGACAACAACCCUAUAUGUAUGUCAUGUUACAACAAACUUCCUGGCGAUGUCAAAUACGAAAUUGAAGAAGUUGAGAGAGAGCAAAAGAGAGUCGAGGAGAAGCGCAAGGACAACGUCAAAAAGCAAGAAAAGAUGGACAAGAAGGCGGAGAAGAAAAAGGAGAAAGAGAUGGCUGCACAAGUUAAAAAGGCUCAGAAAGAAGCUGAGAAAGCACAAAAGGCUGCAGGAAAGAAGAAAAAAUAG